GAAAAGCUUUUCAUAUUUUCACUAUUAUUAAAAAAAAAAAAAAAAACACCAUUGAAGAGGUACCUUUUUCUGCCAAAAAAAAAAGGACCCAGAUUCUCAAACUGGGUUUUUAGCUUUCAUUUUUCCAAUGUAUAAACCUUGAACACUCCUUUCAUCCACAAGAGCUCUCUUUUAUGAUUUUGUUUUUCAUUUCGUGUGUGAAAACUAGCAAUGGGUAAAAAUGUAUCAGCUUUGUGUGUGAUAGCUCCUUUGCUUCUUCUUGGAGCUGUCUCUUCAGCUCCCACUACUUCUUCACCUGCAAGGAUUCUUAAUGGGUUUUUCUCUAAUGCUUUAUCUGCUUCACUGAAAUGGUUAUGGUCACUCAAAACCACUACCAAAACAGCUAUUACUGGGCGUCCAAUGGUGAAAUUUGAAGGUGGAUACACUAUUGAGACUGUGUUCGAUGGAAGUAAACUUGGGAUUGAGCCUCACACUGUUGAGGUUUUGCCUAAUGGGGAGCUUUUGAUUUUGGAUUCUGCUAAUAGCAACCUUUAUAGGAUUUCAGCUUCUUUAUCUUUAUAUACUAGACCACGGCUGGUUGCCGGAUCACCUGAAGGAUACCCUGGACAUGUAGACGGGAAGCCCCGAGACGCAAGGAUGAAUCAUCCAAAAGGGUUAGCCGUAGAUGAUAGAGGGAACAUUUAUAUUUCGGAUACUAUGAAUAUGGCAAUCAGGAAGAUAAGUGAUGCAGGUGUUACAACGAUUGCUGGUGGGAAAUGGAACCGAGGAGGGAGACAUGUGGAUGGACCGAGUGAAGAUGCAAGGUUUUCUGAUGAUUUCGAUGUGGUCUAUGUUGGAAGCAGUUGCUCCCUUCUUGUAAUAGAUAGAGGAAACCGAGCCAUCCGAGAGAUUCAACUACGUUUUGAUGACUGUGCCUAUCAGUAUGGAAGUGGUUUUCCCCUCGGAAUUGCCGUACUUAUCGGUGCCGGAUUCUUUGGUUACAUGCUAGCUCUGCUGCAACAUCGUGUAGGCACCAUUGUAUCAUCCCAGAACCGCUUUUUUUAUACACUCUUGAAGGAUCAGGAUUUGGUUAGAACGGAUGCUACCUUAUCGAGUCCGUAUCAUAAACCCAUGAAAAUGGUCCGACCACCUUUAAUUCCGACCGAAGAAGAACAAGAGAAGCAAGACGAAGGCUUCUUCGGGUCCCUUCGGAAGCUUGUUCACAACGGUGGUGUUUCCGUUUUGGAAAUUUUCAGAAAGAAGUCACCGAGACUGCACCAACAACAACCGAACCAUUCAAUGCCUUGGCCUACACAAGAGAGCUUUGUGAUACCGGAUGAAGAUGAGCCUCCACCAAUUGAUACCCGAGCCCCAACUCCGCGGAAAACAUAUCCUUUCAUGUCCAAAGAUGCAGAAAAGAUCCAUCAGUUGCGUCAAAGCCGAGUCUUCUACAAUGGAUGGGAUGCCGAUCCACAGCAGCAGCAACACCAUCGUUAUCUGUUAUCUGCACCACGUACUUACUAUGAGCAGAGUCAUGAGAAAACCAACGAGAUCAUUUUCGGGGCAGUUCAAGAACGAGACCGGACACGUGAAUCUAAGACCAUAAAAUCCGUCGACAAUGGUAAUAACAGUUACGAUCAUCAAAAUAUUCGCUCCCGAUCGAAUUCUUUCAAUCGUGGCUAUUAAAUAUAUGACAUAGAUAUGUAAGUACCUCAUUGUAAAUGUUGGAACUCAAAAUCCAAACCGGGUUUGGAUAUUAUCUUUUAAGGAUGAUUGCAUAACCCGAGUUAAAACUCCGGGUUCUAUUGUUAUUAUUAUAAUAUUAUUAGAUUCGAACAAUAAUGUUCGGUUCGGUUUUUAUUGAA